CACCCGCGUCAGGAAUUCCCGUCAACCAUCACAACCUCACCGUCAACAGAACCAUCCAACUCAGCGCAUCCAAUUUUUGUGCAAAUACACCUUAAAUUACACCAUCCACAAUUACAAUGACAGACUACAACGCUCUCAAGGUCCCAGACCUAAAGAAGAUUCUCCAAGAGCGCGGCCUCGUCGUCUCUGGAAACAAGGCAGAUCUCAUAGCCCGACUUCAAGAGCAUGACAAGAAAGCAGCCAGUGGUACAGGUAAGCGCAACCACGUCAAUGCUCUUUGUUAUCGAUCGCUUUUUGCGCGCGCAUACUAAUACGAAUCAAUUGCAGCUGGAGGUGAGGACGAGAUUGAUUGGGACGAGGAUGAUACCAAGACUACAACCGCUCCUGCGCCAGCGCCAGCAGUAGAAGCAGCCGGUGGAAAAGGACCAGUCGCGAACCCUACCGCAGUUCCAAACCAGAAAGUUGAUACCGACCCAUCCACGACGAAAGAUUUGAAGGUUGUUGCCGAGGGAGAAGCGAAAACGACCACCGAGACGACGGCACCCACAACCAGCGACGCUGCGCCAACUCCUGCGAAGGCCACCGAACCCGAAGCACCGAAAGUAGAUUUCACAGCUGGUAUUAAGCAAUCGGAUGCGGAAAAGGAAGCAGAGAAGCGCGCAGCUAGAGCGAAGAGAUUUGGUAUUUCUGAGGAUGAUGAGGCAAAGAAACUUGCAGAGCGCGCUAAGAAGUUUGGUAUCGAGGCUAAGGAAGAGGUCGUGAAAGGACUGGAUGCUGCAUUACCGGAACGAAGAGCAAAGAGAGGACAGGAGGAUAAACAAGGUGGCAGAAAUGCGAAGAGACAAACUCCUGAUAGAAGGACAGGACCUGCGCCUAAGCCUGCGGCGGCGCCAAAGCCAGCUGGACGACGAGUUGUUGACGAUCCUACUGAGAAGGCAAAGGCGGAGGUACGAGCAAAGAGGUUCCAGUCUGCUGCUUGAGAGGAUAACGAAUGAUGGAUCAUUACAAUAUUCUGCACCAAUACGGGAAUGCCCCAAAGCCUUUUGACUGAAAGGGGAUAUCAUUAGCUUCGAUGUACACUAGAAAAGAAUAAUUGAGAGAGCAGCUGGUGCCAAUGAAAGGAAGUUAAUGGCGUUUCCGAAGCUCGCCUGUCUUGCAAUACAACUUUCCCGAUAUCUGUCGUUAUCCAGUUCCUCGUGUUCAUCUGCAAAUCUUUCCCAAUUGGAAGCCCUGAUACACAAAAGCAACUUAUAUCGAGCUGGAUUGGGGAGUAAGGCGUGAGAUGGGUCACCUGAAUGCGGUGCCUCAAACCCCUUUUCGACAGCUCAAGUCCAAGGUCACGCCUUCGAAAUAGAUUUUGCGACGCCCAUCAUUCGAACUAUAGAAAGGAGGUUAUCCGUGACGGGUAGGGUGAAUCCUGAACGGUUUUGUGUUAGCUCGAGGAAACGAAUGAAGAUGAAGAGCUAGAUCUCGAGGACUUGAUAGGCUUGCUGGAUUCCACAAGUGCGGGACCUGUCAUCUAAGACUCCAUUCCGAUUUCAUUCCGAUCCCAUUCCGAUUCACUGGGUAUUCACCAUUCUUCAAAGUACCCCAGUACCCCUAUUUUUCGGGAAACAUGUCUGAUACCAAACGAGAACAACGCAACGAAUGGGCUUUCAAUGACAACUUCUGCUGACUUAAUAGGUUCAAACAGAUUGAGUGCUGACGGAGGACACCUUUCAAAACGGACUGUACCGUAAAUAACCCAUGGAAAUUCCCUUCCCAUCAGAGAACCGCUUUCCAAGAAGAAAAGAUACCGGUUUUCUGUCAUUCCAUACAACACCUAAAGAAGGGUCGGUUUGCACAAGGAUUCAGCACACCCUCUUCUCAUAACGUGAUUCUGAACGUUCCCAAAGCUAAACACACUCCCAAGACCCACCCACCAAUCAGAUGCUAUACAACCUUGCUCGAUGAAGAAUGGAGCACGGGCUAAGAAAUUCCCCGGUUGCAAACGCUAGGCUUUUUCAGAUCUAUCACAUUGGUUUGUACCGGGAUAACCGCAUGGAGUUACUGUCGAGAAUUAUACUGGUAUGAACAGUCGGUACUUUUCGCUUUUUGCCUGCCAGCGCAUGAUAAUGAAGGAGAUGGGAAAAGAUGGAAAACUUGGACUGUGGCGAGUGCAUUGCAUACGCCACGAAUUUGCCGCCUUUUUGUGUUGCCAGCGCAUUGUGGCGAAGCACAGAAGCGCGCUUGUUCAGCUGUGUUGGGAUGUGGAAACGUGAUUUUGGUUUUGAAAAGUAUACCUAGGUACUCAGAUACCUCGGAUGUUGGUUGGAAGUGAGGCGUACUGUAAAUCUGUACAUGGUGAGUCAAUGUUGGGUCUGUGGAUUGAUUUGAUUCUUUUGUAGGGUUUUCUGUUGGUGGGAUGAGGAAUUGGAAACUCGACUUGGCCGGACUCCUUGGAAAACUCGCCAACCAUUAUCUAGAAGAGAUACCAUUGACUUGUUUGGGCAAAAAUGCAGGUUCAAACAAA